AAGGUGCAACGAAGCAACCAACGAAGCGAUCGAUUCGAGAGUCGAUUCGAGAGAGAGAGAUUUGGGAGUCGCCGCACGUCGCGAGGGUUUAGGGCCCCCCAAACCCUAGCAGCCGCGAGCGAUGUCCAACCCCUUCGACCUCCUCGGCGAGGCCGACGGCGAGUCCGGCGAGGCCGCCGUCGCCAUCCUCGUCGGCAAGAAGAAGGCCGAGGCCGAUGCCUUCGCCGCCGCCAACCCACAGCCCACGAAGAAGGGCGCCAAAGAUGUGAAGGGGAAGAAUAACGGCCAAGAGAAUGGCAGUGGAGGUCGGAAUUACGAUUAUGAUUAUUACAACCGUGGCUAUUCCAACAACAAUGGUGGUUAUCAAAAUUACAAUUACAAUGGUAAUAAUAGCAAUGGUUAUCAAAACUACAAUUACAAUGGUAAUGGCCAAGGCCAUUACAAUGGUGGAUAUCAGCCUAUCCACCAGGGGAACGGCCAGUAUCAAAACAAUGGGAAUUAUCACGGGGACUAUGGAUAUGAUGGUCAGUAUGCAGAGAAUUACAAUAAUGGUCAGAGGCAAGUGUACAAUGGGGGUCAGUACAGGAAGAAGAAUCUGCAGUACAGGCCUAAAGAGAAACAGUUGUCUGAAACUGCUUCUGCUUGUUCUGCCGAGAACAAAUCUGAAGAUAAGUUGGACUCAGCCAGUGAAACAGGAAAGAAGGAAUCUGUUGCAGGGGAUGCUGUUGCCAAGCCUGUUUCUGGACCAGAAGAGUCUACAGGGGAUGUUGCGCAAGACAAUUCGAAGAAGGAUGGAGGUGACCCUGAAAAGAAGAAGGUGCGCAACACUCUUAGCGGUUCCGCUAAGAGGAAGUUGAAGAAGAAGCAUGAUUCUAAGGUUUCCGGAAAGACUGAGAAAGAAGCAGAGAAGGCAGAGGUUCUUAAGGAAGAAGAGAGAAAGGACAUGACCCUUGAAGAAUAUGAGAAAGUGCUUGAAGAGAAAAGGAAGGCUUUGGAGGACUCGAAAUCUGAAGGGAGGAAGGUCACUGCUGAAGUGUUUGAGGGCAUGCAACUAUUGGAGAAAAAGAAGCUUGAUGAUGAAAAUGCUAGCAAGAAGGCUGAAAAUGAGCAGCGCAAAGAGCCAGCAAAGCAAGUCAAAGCUCCUAAGGCUAUAAACCUCAAUGACUUGUUAAAGCCUGCUGAUGGACAAGCGUACCGCCCUCGUCCUCCACCUAGGCGUGUGCAGGAAGAUGGCUUUUCACAAGGGUACUACAAUGGUGGUGGUGGCCCUGGCCGUGGCAAUGGUGGUUUCAGGCAAAACAGCCGUGACCACAGCGCUGAACCACAUGGCAACGCUAGGGGCAACGGUGGCUACCAAGAGCGCCGUGAUAUUGGUUACAACGGUGGCUACCAAGGGCGUGGCAAUGGUGGAUAUCAGCAGCGUGGUUACAACGGCAACAACAAUGGUGGAUAUCAGCAGCGUGGUUACAAUGGCAACAACAAUGGUCGAUUCCAGCAAGAGCGCGCGGUUAACUCUGGCAAUGGUGGAUACAGGCAGGGCGGCUACAGAGGUGAUGGUGGCUACCAGCAGGGCCGAGGCUACUCCGGCAAUGGCAAUGGUGGCUACCAGCAGGGCCAAGGCUACUCUGGCAAUGGUGGUUACCAGCAGGGCCGAGGCUACUCCAACAAUGGUGGCUACCGGCGUGGUGGUAACCAAGGCAACGGCAGGAACGAGAGCGACUCUAUUCUCUCUCCUGCCCACUUCCCUGCGCUGACAGGGACCAUCCCUGCGACGCCAGAGAAGGUGCAGUCCCAGUCCCAGGCCUCCUCGUCUCCAGCUCCAGCUCAAGCUCAGCCUCAGGCUCAGACCCUGUCAUCGUCCUCGUCCUCAGGCGCAGCUCCGGCUCCUGCCCAAGCCAAGUCACAGGCUCCUCCUCCGGCUCCUGCUCAAGCCAAGUCCCAGGCUCCUCCUGCCCAAGCCAAGUCCCAGGCUCCUGCCCAAGUCAAGUCCCAAGCCAAGGCUCCAGCUCCAGCUGCAAGAACCAAGGCUCCGUCCAAGGCUCAGGCCUAAUUCUUUUUUUUCUUUUUGAGAGUUUUUUGAGAGAGGAUUUGAGGAAGAUCGGAGGAAAGUUUUUGUACCGGAUUUUGCAUGCUUUUCGGCGUUAAUUCUCUCAUUUUUUGUACUAGAAUUUUGUGCUGCAAUGUUUUGCCUUCUCA